AUGCAGAUGGGGGAUGUGGAUUCAUCUCCGUCGUGUCUUCACGCACAUUACGUUUUCAAGAUGGGGCGCAUGCACAGCGGAGGUAAGGGUAUUUCCAAGUCCUCUCUCCCCUACCGGAGGAGGGUGCCCUUGUGGCUAAAGGUCUCCGCUCAAGAGGUGACCGAGCACGUGUGCAAGCUGGCCAAGAAGGGUCUCACACCCUCCCAGAUCGGUGUGAUCCUUCGUGACUCGAAUGGCAUCGCCCAGGUCAGUGCCAUCACCGGCGCCAAGAUCCUUAGGGUCCUCAAGGCUAACGGCCUCGCGGCCGAGAUCCCCGAAGACCUGUACAUGCUCAUCAAGAAGGCAGUGGCGGUGCGCAAGCACCUGGAGCGCAACCGCCGCGACAAGGACUCCAAGUUCCGCCUGAUCCUCAUCGAGUCUCGCAUCCACCGCCUGGCUCGUUACUACAGGACGAACAGGAAACUGGCAGCGAACUGGAAGUACCAGUCGGCUUCCGCCAGUGCGCUCGUUGCCUAAAGACCGCCGCGUGAUGGCCGAAUAUGCCUCUCGCCUGAUUUGGACACUCCUUUUGCGCUGUUGCGGCACAUGACCGGAUGGCAUUCAGUAGCCCUGCAGCCAAUGUUCUGGGGGUUGUGUUUGCUGAGGUCCUGGUGGUAAUAGUGGGAAGUCGGCCGCUUGGGAUGGAUCAUGUACCUGUCUGCGAUUUGUCAACUGCGGUUGUACUCUCUGAGCUGUUCAAGGGUAUUUGCUGCCGUGUUCAGAAGUUGCUUUUCGGAAACCUUUCGGGUAUUUUUGUUCUGCUUUUGCUUCUGGUCGAUGUAGCCAUACGAUGUUGUGUCCAGCGGCUACAUGGACUUUGCGCAGAGGAGUUUCUAGCAGGGCGAAAAGCAAUGGAGAAUGUUAAGUGCAAAAUAUACUUACAUGGGAAGAAGACGAGGAAUCCAAGCAAGUUUUGAUGCUGCUCGCCAGCAACAAAAACGCCUCGGCGAUUGCAAGUACACAGCAGUGUUUUUUGUCCUUGCACAAUAUGCACUUGUUGUUUGCAGCGAAGUCUCCCUCUUGCACCAUGCCGUGUGGUCAACCAUGACGUGCCGCGUGAGUUAUGCGGAGGGAGGUGCUGUUUGUGUACGUGAACCGCCAGGUAACGUGAGUUAUGCGGAGGGAGUGCUGUUUAGUAACCUGAACGACCAGGUUGGUGGCUACAAAAAAUGUGUCGUGAACGAGGAUGUUGUUCCUGGUGUCAACCCCCAUACAAAUUGACUAUGUAGUCACAGCUUUUUGCUCCAUCGCGCAAGUCCAAUCAACACGGGCCUUUCGGUGUAUGAGUAUUCAUCAUCUGUUGUGUGCGUGCGUGUAUUGUGUGGUGUUGCCGUCCAUUCUGUGUUUUGGGCGACAGCAGUCUAGACUACGCAUUUUAGGAAAAUGUUGGCGCAUUAGCCAUGAUUACUGCUGUAGUCUACGUAGCAAACUGAGCCUCAAUGUUGCUGGUCGACCUUCUCUCUGGGAGUGAACGUUCGAAACUUUUCGCGCGCGGCAAGGAAACAUGAACGAAAGCUCAGAGGGAGGAGGAACAAAUGUGACCUUGUUGCCACGUAAGGCAAACACCGCACGGGGAAGGUGGAGAAUGGAGAAGAACUAGAAGUUUA